AUGGCGUUGCUUCGGAUCCGUUUGCCCGGAGUCCUGCCCGGAGUUCUGUUGGCCCCACCCUGGUGUCCGCCUACAGCUCGGCUUCUUUGCAGCAAGCCUCCUCUCUGGUGGAGGAAAGGCCGACCCAGGACGGUGCACCAGAGCUUCGCGGAGGUGGAGCUGCUGUCCCGUUUAGCGGAGCUCCUGAUGCCACAGGAGCCUAUCGGCGAGCUCUUCCGGGACUUCCCGGCGAAGAAGUCGGAGGCGUGGGGAUCGCGUUGGCUCAGGCCUGACCUCACUGCAUUUGGCGUGCUGAAGGACGAACAUGCGGCCUUAUUUAUCGAGUACGACGGGUUCUUUCGUCAUUCAAAUGCGCAAGGCCAAGAAAGGGAUGAGCGGAAGACGACGGCUCUGCUUGGACAUGUGCCCGCGAGAUCGUGUGUCCUGCGGAUCGGUCAUGUGAAUAGGGAUUUGAGCAGGGCGGAAAAUGCAGCACAAGCGGUCGUCAAUGUGUGGCGAGCCGGGCACGAGCCAUCGUUGAUGAAAGUCGUGCAACAAACUGGACAGGCUCUUCUGCGCAGUUUUGGACAUGUGCUCGAACAGGAGGUGUGUGAGCGUUUUAGUCGCCUUGACAUCGCCGAAGCAAAGCAGGAUUUUCUCAAAGCUUCAACUUUUGCGAAAGAGGCGGUUCUUACCAGGAACAUUGAGACUAAGAAGAUCAACAUGUGCGAGUUUUUGCAAGGGGAGCUGAAGUUUUCAACUGCUAGAAUUGAAGCUUUGGCGUGCAAGUUUCCAAGGAUCUGGGGUGUCAACAUCGGCAGCAGCCUAAGACCGAAAGUGGCCUGGCUCGAGGAUGUUGGGCUGAGCCGAAUGCAGGUGGCCAAACUCGUUGCUGGGUUUCCUCAAGUGUUGGACUGCAGCAUCGACGGAAAUCUGAAACCUACUGUGGCCUGGCUCCAGGAUGUUGGGCUGAACCGAAUGCAGGUGACCAAAGUCGUUGCUGGCUUUCCUGCAAUGUUGGGCUGCAGCAUCGACGGCAAUCUGAAACCUACUGUGGCCUGGCUCCAGGAUGUUGGGCUGAGCCGAGAACAGGUGGCUAAAGUCGUUGCUCGAUGUCCUCGAGUGUUGAGCUACAGCAUCGACGGCAAUCUGAAACCCACAGUGGCCUGGCUCCAGAAUGUUGGGCUGAGCCGAGAACAAGUGGCCAAAGUCGUUGCUUGCUCUCCUCAAGUGUUGGGCUACAGCAUCGACGGCAAUCUGAAUCCCGCAAUGGCCUGGCUUGAAGUUGUUGGGCUGAGCCGCCAGCAGGUGGCCAAAGUCGUCUGUCUGAGGCCCCAAGUGUUGGGUCUCAGCAUCGAUGGCAAUCUGAAACCCACAGUGGCCUGGCUCCAGGAUGUUGGGCUGAACCGAAUGCAGGUGACCAAAGUCGUUGCUGGGUUUCCUCAAGUGUUGGGCUACAGCAUCGACGGAAAUCUGAAACCUACUGUGGCCUGGCUCCAGGAUGUUGGGCUGAGCCGAGAACAGGUGGCCAAAGUCGUUGCUCGCUGUCCUCAAGUUUUAGGCUGCAGCAUCGACGGCAAUCUGAAACCAAAAGUUGCCUGGCUCGAGGAUGUUGGGCUGAGCCAUGGGCAGGUUUUCAAAGUUGUUGCUUGCUUUCCUCAAGUUUUCGGCUGCAGCAUCCAGAACAAUUUGUCGCGGAAGCAUCGUCUUUUGGGGCAGUUUUUUUCAAGCAGCCAAAUCUGCUCCAUGAUCGAGUACUUACCACCACUGCUCGGCUUGAGCCAUGCUCGCCUAAGUCAUCGUCUCGGCAUCUUGCAGAAGCACGAGCGUUUGAGUGAACUUGUCAAGCUCAUGGUUUUGACUGAUGCGAAAUUUGCCCGACGAUUCCCGCAUUCAGCUCCGAUGAAGUCCAUGUCGGAUCUCGAACUGCCCCCCUCCCACGGGAAGCUCAUGCUCUGGGGCAUCGAUGAGCUCCUGACCUACCACUACUUGGUGUCGGAGUACUUCAUGGUUGCACCUGCAGAUGUUACGCACGAUUCCUUCUUCAAGCUCAAUAAGCAGGGUCAAGCUGACCUCGUGUGGAAGGGGCUCUUCAUCGAACGGUCGCCGAUCUCGGAAGCCUGUCAAGGUGUCAUCACCACCCUCCAGAGACUGGGACUCGGGGCCCUUCUGGCGAAGAGGGACUUGCCGGCCAUCCGGGAGUGGUUUGCGGCGCAGAACCUGGAGGAGCAUGUGGAGAAGAUCUUCCGGCUAGCCAGGGUGCGCUACGCAGUCUAG